GACGAGACCUAGCCACCUACCUAAAGCGGGCCCCUGAUCGGAGAGGAGACCCCCAGUUGGAGACCUCCACUUCCACGCGCGGUGUGCCCGAUUACAUGGGACUUGUUUCCCAUAGAUUUCCCCGUGCCCAGCUUUUAGGAAUCUCGUCCAAACUUUCACACCUUUGUAUACAGCUCAUGUCCUGGCUUUGACGACAGAACCACCUACACAACGCGUGUAGCAGUGUUAGAAAACACCGACCCUACAACUGAGGACUUUCGGAGGCAGAUAGGAAGAACAAACCAAAAAUCACCCCCUCGGCCGACUAUACUCCAGAGGACUCUCGCAGAGGCAGCAGAGCAGAUCUAUUAACAAAACGAGCUUUUCCGCAAGCCAAAGCAUAUUAGUCGUUUCACUGCACAGCCUGGGAGGGAUCAAUUGAUCAGCAUAUCCAGAAACUGCCGACGAACUUUGAAUUACACACGGGAAAGAGAAUACUCUUGGGCCAAAAGAGACGGACGAGAUUUCGGGCUGAGAGGAGACGGGCGGACUACUCGGGAACCACUAAAGCGAAAACGUUCAGACCAACAACAAAGAAAAUAUGGUAUAGAACACCAUACGCGACGAAAAGCCGAGCAUACCUCGCGCCCGAACGGUUCCAAACGCGGCCGGAUCGGCUCCUGAGCUGAUUGAUGGACAGCAAAGACUACGCCAUUCUGUUACGGUGACGACCGGGCCUCGGAAGCGUGCUUGGUCAGGUACUAUUGCUAGUCUGGAGCACAAAAGUCAUCGCAAUCGAGUUCAAAGGCUUCUACCAGGAUGCUUUUUGGCCUUCGUUUAGCUCAUGUCCUAAUGCUUGCCCCGCGCUUGGUUCAAGCUGGCAGUAGCGCAUACUGGGUACAACCUUCGCAAAAAUGGGUUGAGAUAGACGGCACCUGGUCAAGUUUCGAGGUAAACCUCGGGUACCCGGCACAGCCAGUCCAGCUCCUCGUGAGCACUACGAUAUCAGAGGUUUGGGCCAUUGGCAGGGGAGGUUGUCCGCCUAACAGUAAUGCAUGCGCUACGGAACGGGGAAACACAUACAAUGCCCCGGAUUCCCAAAGCUAUGCAUCACUGGGUGCCUGGGAACUGGGGCUGGCCUCGUCGGGCUUCUCCGACACUGGAGACUAUGGUCUAGACAAACUGGCUAUGUUCAACAGCCUUGAGGGCGAGACUAUCUCUAUUAACAACGCCCUGAUAGCUUCGAUCAACACAACAGAUUACUACCAAGGCUACAUUGGCCUUGGAGUCAUCCGUGGUCGGUUUGGUGAUCGAAUGACGACCCCUCUCAUCUCUCAGAUGGUUGAGGAGUACGGCUUUAUAGCUAGCAACAGCUACGGUUACACUGCCGGCGCAUGGCAUAUCGAUGGCGGUGUCCCCGCCUCUCUGAUCCUAGGAGGAUACGACCCCCUCCGAUUCCAGAGCCAUAACGUUGUUUUUAAUCUGAAUCCUGACUCUCGAACGCCCCAGGUUCGGCUUCGCGGAAUCAACGCCAAUACUAAUGACCCCACCAAGCCUCCUCCGGGCUGGGCAGGCCAGCUCCAUAAAUCGCUGGUCGCAAUGAACGAUUCCCUCGUUGUCACGAUUGACACUUCGUUGCCCUAUCUUGCGCUUCCAGAAUCCAUAUGUGAUCGCUUUGCAGAUGCGCUCAAUCUCACCUAUAACAGCACGCUCGAUGUAUACUUGUUCAACGGUGAUCAACUUACUUCUCCCGACUCGGCCCUGGGAGCGAGUCGGCUGAACUUUACUUUUAGCCUGUCGAGCUGGGACAACAAUAACAACCAAGGGAAGCCGUUGGAAGCCCCAGGGGUGGUUAACAUUACCAUCUCUGGCCAAGCUUUCACGCAAUAUCUGACCUAUCCGUAUAGAAAUCUAUUCGGACCUUACGAUCCUGGGUUGGGCUACUUCCCGUUGCGUCGUGCGAAGAACGUCAACGAGUUUGUCAUCGGGCGGGCCUUUAUGCAGGAGGCCUACAUGAUCACUAAAUACGAAGAACGACUAUUCUCUGUUUACCAGGCUCAAUACCCCAGCAAUGCGGCGAGCAACUAUUCGAUCAAGUCUAUUGGGCGGCCGGCCAACAGCGAUUAUCCAGCCUUUGUGCCGAAACCACCGAGCAGGCCUGGCUUGACCGCAGGACAGACUGCCGGUGUAGUGGUGGGGGUCGUCGUAGCGUCGGUUGGUCUUUGCUUUGCCCUCUGGCUUUGGCGACGACAGCGCAAAAAGGCCGCGCAAGCCAAGGCUCCCAUGUCGCCAUCCGAGAAGAAUGGAGACGAGCUCUACCAGGACGGCGGGUCAACUCUGGGGCCUAACGAACCUGCAGGCCCGCUCACCCGCUUCGUAUCGUUCGUCACUGGGGGCCGAAGGCCAAGACGGACCGGACCUGCUCCCCUGUCGCACGAGCUCGAUGGCUCACGUGCGCAGCCGGUCGAGGUUGGAGCCGAUGCGGCGCACGAGCGCUAUGAGAUGCCAGUUCCCAUAGAACCCGUAGAGCUGGAUGCAACCCACGACCACAUGGCUUCUGAUGACACCACAGAGUUCGGGACCGAGGGUUCUGAGCAUGGUAUGAGCCAGUAUGAGAUUGCGCGAAGGAAAAUGCAGAGGCAGCUUCAAGGCCCGCUGCCUACAUAUUCGCCGCCUACUGUGCCCACCGUACACGUUGGCCAUCCGAGCAUUGACGGGGUAACCGGGACAAAAUUGAUCCAAGAUCUCAAUUCUGUCGGCCACUAUCGGCCUGGGGAUGAUGAGAACCCCUCACCUACUGUGUCAGCCCCGUCAGAGGGAAACAACACAAACUCGUUUCCAUCACAAAUGCCGUCUCCGAUGAGCCCAAACCCAGAAUGGGGCGCGAGGUUCUUGGAUUUGCCAUCGCCAAUAACUGUGGCUUCUGGGCAGUUCCCACUAAGGCGGACCGGAUCUGCGUCAAGUCCCGGGGAACACCAGAGGCAUGUGGCUCUCGGCCGAUCGGCGUCUACCAACAGCAGCCGCUAUUCACCGCCACAGGCCACGGCGAGGUCUCCCGACCUGCUACUCCCCCCUACUCCCAUUCAGCGCACACCAAUAGAUCAGAGCGAGAUCGUCUGUCUAGGGCCAUUACCAGAAAACAUCUGUUUACCGAACCAGCAACCCCCAUUACCUAGAAACCAAACCACAAUACUUCCGAGUGACAGCGCAAGUCAGGCCGCUGGAGCAGAUUCCAGCAAUGCCGUUCCUACUCCACGUCCCUCGUCACACUUGUCAGCAUACCCACCAAGGUCCACCACACCGCCCGCAGCGGCAACACCCACGCAGCCCCCCUCACCGCCGGCUGAUCCUCGCCGUGGUCUUCGGAUAGAGACCCCAUCGAACUCGUUUGCACAUGUCAGACGGGCAUCCAGACGAGACUCCUCCGAGAGCCUAGGCAGUGACUUUACUGUUGAUGAAGAGGAACGCAUGGUUGACAACAAUAUCGUGCGGCAACAAAGCAGGCGCGCCGCUGAUGCGGAUGGUGUCAGUCCUCAAAGUACAAGCAGCCCAGAACGUAUCGAUGCCGCCACCGAACUGAUCCAUAUUCCUCAAGUUUCCGAACGGCGUUAUAGCUGGGAGGAUGACAAGAGGUAAUUACGCAACGCAGCUGCAAACCCUGCUAUUCGUGCACAUAAUAUCAUCGACGGAUUCGAUGCUUUGGUAAUAUUACAAACGCACUUUGGCAUCUGGACCUGUGCGAUUUAUUUUCAGUAAUGUGUGGCAUAUUGCUUGUUUAUAAUCACAAUUUUGACGUUUUUCAUGAAGCGAUUUCAUUGGCAACCGCCAUAUAUCUACCAGAGGAAGAUGAUAAGAAAAUCGAAGCUAUAAUAUGUAUAUAUCAGAGCAGAAAGAAAAGAAAAGAAAAACAUUUCAUUGA